AAAUCUUAAUCAAUUAACUGAAAAUAAAACUGAUUCAUGGUUAGACCUCUUUAAUAAGCAUCAUGCAGAAAUUGAAAAUAUGCAUACUAAUUUAUUUGGUCUCUUUGUAGAUAACUUGGAAAAUAAGUUUGUUAGUGAAGAAAAUGAUGAUGAACAAGGUGAUGAACAAGAAAGAGAGAUGUGA